UUCUCUUUGUUUUUCCAUUAGGCGGCUCAGAGAUCUGGCUCACUCUACAAAUCUCAGCUUGGUAAUCAAACUUCAAACCCUUCCCCCCUUUCUCCAUCCUUCCCUCCAUUUUUUUCCCUUAUUCUCUCUCUCUCUCCCUCUCUCUCACUCGUACACACAAUUGGUAAUUUCUACUAAGAUCCACUCCGAUGUUGAAUUUGUUUCCAUUUUUUCCUUUUCCCCUUCCCAUUUUCAAUUAUUUAAUCACAGUUUUAUCUAAAACCCAUAAGUAAACUUGACCUUGGAUUUCACGCUCUUGAUCUGAGCCGCUGCUUAUGAAUUUUCCGAGAGCAGCUGAUCAUGGAAUAGCUGCAGCUGGCAAUGUGAUGGAUUGGGGUGUCAGCACUACAUAUAAUAACCACCAGUCCCUAAAAGCUGAUAUGGAUCCGAAGUCUGUGAACGUAAUGAAUACAACAAUCAUCCCACAGAGUGAUCCAAUUGAUAUCGGCUUGGGUUCUAUGGAGAAGGGAAAUAGUGUUAAACCAAGGAAAAAGACAAUGACUUCUGUUUAUCUCAAAUAUUUUGAAACAGCGCUUGAUGGCAAGAGUAGAAGGUGCAAAUUCUGUGGACAAAGCUAUUCUAUGGCCACUGCAACUGGUAAUUUGGGGAGGCAUCUGAGCAAUCGACAUCCAGGAUAUGAGAAGAUGGGGGAUUCUUCAAACAGUCAUGCUCCACAGCCUGUCACAGUUGCUAAGAAACCUCAAACUCUUGUUAAGGUUCCUACGAUGGAACUCGAUCACUUGAACUGGUUGCUCAUUAAGUGGCUCCUUGUAGCUUCUCUUCCCACUUCUACUUUGGCAGAAAAAUGGCUGACUAAUGCAUUUAAGUUCCUCAAUCCUUCAACUGAGCUUUGGAGUGGAGAAAAGUUCCAAACAGUGCUGCGUGAAGUCUUCAAAAGCAUGCAGGAAUCAGUGAGGUUGAUUGUUGAGCAAGUUUCUUCCAAGGUUUCUGUCACUCUUGAUUUUUGGACUUCUUACGAACAAAUACUGUACAUGAGUGUUACAUGUCAGUGGAUUGACGAAAGCUGGUCCUUUCAGAAAAUUCUUCUUGAUAUUUCUCACAUUCCGAGCCCUUGUGGGGGUUCUGAAAUCUAUUAUGUUUUGUUGAAAGUCCUAAGGUUGUACAAUCUCGAGACUAAAAUACUCUGUAUUACCCAUGAUAAUAGUCCAAAUGCAUUGCAUGCAUGUCAUACGUUGAAAGGUGAUAUGGAUAGUCAGAAACUGGAUGGUUUUUGCUAUAUCCCAUGUGCUGCUCAUACUCUGAACUCAAUCAUAAACGAUGGGUUAAGAACUACAAAAUCAGUGAUUUUGAAGAUCAGGGAGUUUGUGCUGGAACUGAAUUCGUCAUCAGAAAUCUCUGAAGAUUUUGUUCAAUUUACCGCAGCAUAUCAAGAAGGAAAUUGGAAUUUCCCACUUGAUGCCUCAGCUCGGUGGAGUGGGAGCUACCAGAUGCUUGAUAUUGCAUGCAAGGCUGGUAAGUCUAUGGAAACGGUUAUCAGGAAGUAUGACGAACAACUGGGUAGUCGCUUGCUGCUCAACUCUGCCGAGAAAAAUGUCGUUAAUAUUAUGCAUAAAUAUCUGGAGCCCUUCUAUAAGACCAUUAACAACAUAUGUAAAAACAAAGUGCUCACAAUUGGAAUGCUUCUCUUCUUCAUGGAUCAUAUUUCCGACACAAUAUUGGCGUGCAAAGACUCGAGGCAAACCCCAGAUUGGCUUAAAAGUGCAGCCGAAGAAAUGUAUAUCAAAGCCCAAAAUUACAGUGAACAGGUUUGCAAUGCAUUCACAUACAUGACUGCAAUUCUUGAUCCGCGGAUUAAAGUCGAACUCAUUCCUGAGUACCUCAACUUAGAAAGCAAUUUGGAGGAGUCAAGAAAUCAUUUCAUUAGAAAUUACUCGACAUGCUAUUUUUCAUCAAUAAGCAAUUCAUACAGCAAUCAAGUGUCGGAAGAUGGAGGAACUGCUUCAUUUGCAGAGGAAAUUGCACGUAAGAAACGAAGGGCAAGCAUUAGUUCUGCUACAGACGAACUUACACAAUAUUUAUCUGAAGCGCCAGUGCCUAUGCCGACAGAUGUUCUUGAUUGGUGGAAAGUUAACAGUUCAAGAUAUCCACGCUUGUCUUUGAUGGCUCGUGAUUUCUUAGCAGUGCAAUCAACUGCUGUAUUGCCUGAAGACAUAUUCAGUACAAAGGGUGAUGAAAUUGAUAGACAGAGAUUCUCUACACCACAAUACGAAACACAAGCUUUGCAUUGUGUAAAAUCAUGGAUGCAAAAUGGAAUCAAGCUCAAGUACAAAACCACAGAGAUUGACUAUGAAAGGAUGAUGGAAUUGGCCGCAGCAGAGAGUAGCAGUAGAAGUUUUGAGAGGAAGCCAAAAUCAUGACUCGAAAAUUGAUGUGACAAUUGACAAAGGAGAUCCGUAAUUUAGGCGAAUUCUGUUUCUUACGCUGAUAUAUGUACUUAUAGAUGCCAUCAGAUGUGAAUGUAAAAUUAGUUGUUGUAUCUUUUGGUGGAUCAUCAUCGGCAUCAGCAUCAGCAUGUUUUAAAGGUAAAUUGUAUGUAAGGUGAAUUGCAUGCGCCAUGCCGGUAUAGAUUAACAUAGCUUUUUUAUAAUCUCUGUUUACUUUUAUUGACAAUUAAUCACGCUGGUUUUCCGU